UCGUCGUCUGGGAUGGCUGUGAAUGAUGAGUGCAAGCUGAAGUUCUUGGAGCUUAAAGCAAAGAGGAACCAUCGGUUCAUUGUGUUCAAGAUCGAAGAACAGAUUCAACAGGUGACGGUUGAAAAGGUUGGGAGUCCAGAAGAAACCUAUGAUGAUUUCACUAAUUCAUUGCCUGCAAAUGAAUGCCGUUAUGCUGUCUUUGAUUUUGAUUUCACAACUGAAGAGAAUGUCCAAAAGAGCAAGAUUUUCUUUAUUGCAUGGGCACCUGACACAUCAAGGGUGAGAAGUAAGAUGGUUUAUUCAAGCUCCAAGGACAGAUUCAAAAGAGAAUUGGAUGGAAUUCAGGUGGAGUUGCAAGCAACAGAUCCUAGUGAGAUGAGUUUGGAUAUUAUCAGGGGCCGAGCCAUCUAA